AUGGAUGCCGCAGGCUUCUCCCGGCACUGCCUGCUGCCCCCAGGCCUGAGCCCCCCACCUGCUCACUGGGGCCUGGCCCAGGUCGGGGGAGGGUGCCAGGCGGACUGGGGACCGUUCGUGGUGGGGGCUCACGGGACCCCGUCUCCCCCUUGGCCAGGCCCCACACGGAGUUCAGGACCCCCAAAGAGGCAGAGGCGGGAGCGCACGGUGUUCACCAAAGAGCAACUGGAGGCGCUCAAAGAAUACUUCCAGCACAAUGAGUACCCGGGCUACCAGGACCGCCUGCACCUGGCGACCAGGCUGAGCCUAGAGGAGCACAAAGUGCAGGUGUGGUUCAAGAACCGCCGGGCCCAACGCUCCCGGCUGGAGCGACUGGCCAAGGACCGAAGCCAGAGGGCCCGCGAUGCUCCCACGGACCCCGGAGGCCCCGGCCCCGCGCCUGCCCCUGUCGCCGCCCCUGCGCCUGUCUUUGCUGUGGCCGCUGCCGCCGCAGCUGCCGGCCCCGCGUUCCCAGAUGGCCCGGGAUUCUGCAGCCCCCCUCCGCCCAGCCGCGCGGGGAUGCUCGCAGCUCCAGAGCCCAGCAUCUUCAGCCACGGCCCGGCCUUGUGGGCCCCGGCCCCGGGCGCCCAGGCGAACGUCCCGGCUGCUUCAGCCCCGGCCCCGGCCCCAGUCUGGCCUCAGGACCCCUACGCCCUGAACUUUGGCCCAAAUCCUUUUCCAAUUUCAGUGAUAUUCUCACGCCAAGACCCCUCCUCCCCGACGUCUGGGUACCAAACAGAAGAUAGCUUUGUGGAUGAGAACGACUUAGGCCAGGCCGGUUACUGA